CAAUAACAAAGUUGUUUUUGUGCUUUUUUCGUCGAAGUUCCGAAAGUUUCAAGCUUUCUUCUGAAUUUGCAUUUUUAAGUUUCACGAUUACCAUACAUCCGGUUUCCUCUGCGUUAUAUUAAUUUUUUGCUGUGUGAACCAUUCAAGACCUGAAGAAGAAAGUUCUUGUUAAAAAUGAAAGUUAUCACACCUUUACCUUGUGUUCACCUCACCUCAAUUUCGGCGUCAAUCUAUCUUAAAAGAGAGUCUUAAAGUAGAAAAUUUAUCAGCUUGAACGUUUUUCCUCUCUUUAUCAUCUGAAUUCAGCUCUCGUUUCAAAAUGUCAAUCAGUGGUUUCGUAGACUUCUUCCAAAAAGGGAAGACGUUCCGGCCGAAAAAGAAGUUCAAUCCUGGAACAAUGCGCUAUUCCUUACACAAGCAAGCACAGGCAUCUUUGAAUUCUGGUAUCAAUCUAAGAUCUGUUGUCCAGUUACCUGAAGGAGAAGACUUAAAUGAUUGGAUUGCUGUACAUGUGGUGGAUUUUUUCAAUCGUAUCAACUUGAUCUAUGGUACAAUUGCUGAGUACUGUGUGGAAGAAACAUGUCCAACAAUGGCAGGUGGUCCAAGAUUUGAAUACCUCUGGGCGGAUGGAGAAAAAUAUAAGAAGCCAACCCCUUUACCUGCUCCAAAAUAUGUGUCGUUGCUCAUGGAUUGGAUUGAAGCUCAGAUCAACAACGAGAAUUUAUUCCCUGUCUCAACAGAUGUACCAUUCCCAAAGAAUUUUCAGUCUUUGUGUAGAAAAAUUUUAACCCGGCUGUUCAGAGUGUUUGUCCACGUUUAUAUUCAUCACUUUGACAGGAUUGUAUCCAUAGGAGCUGAGCCUCACGUUAAUACAUGUUACAAGCACUUCUACUAUUUCAUUCGUGAGUUCGAUCUUGUAAGCAGCAAAGAACUGGAGCCGUUAAAGGAAAUGACUGUUCUUAUCUGUCGUGAUAGUUCGCCUGUGCAUCAGAGCAGCAGCCAGAGUCAGCGGUAACUUUUUAGUUUAUCUUCAAGCAAUAUACCUCGCAUCAUUUACUGUACGCCAAAAAGGUGCUCAAAUGAUUAUCUUUCUUUUAUGGUUGUCAUAAGUUGUUUUGGAGAGGUCACCACUUCACACCCCUCCAAGUACCCAGCAUGGAUGAAUAAUCCUAGCUACACAGUAGAGCUGAGACCUCCCUACCAUGAUUAGCCCAAUCAUGCACUGGUGCCCUGAAAUGGGCGGAGCCUUGCAAGGUUUUUCUUUUUCUGUUUUUUCUUCAGGGGAAAGCGAUCAUAAAUUUUGGUUAAAAAUGGGGGAAGGUUGAUUGAAUUUGAGGGAAGGCAUGGAACUUUUUGCACCCCUGUAGCCAAAUAAAAUAGGAGGCUCCACAAUGCAACCCUUAACCAAGAAAAAAUUGUACAAGCUGGAAACAGCCUUCCUUUAUUGCAAAAAUAGCAUGACUCGAAGUUAUUUGAGUAAGGAAACCGGUGUAAUUUUUCGUAUAUUUGCUUCUUACACAUGUGAAAGAAUGAUACAUAAUCCUAUUGAAAGCCCUCCAUAAUCUCAUAAUGACGGAAUCAUGUGUAUUGAUCAAGAAACUCAAAACCUACCUAUAUCUUUAUUGAAGUGUUUAAAUUUUUCUGCUCUUUCCUCAUUUUUCCAUGUUUUCAAAUGAAAUUUUUGACUUUUAUUUAGAGACCCACCAGAAAGUAGUGCAAAGUAUUGAUUAUUUUUUUCAUUGAAAUAAAAUGCUAUGCAAUUUGACCAUACCAUUGACUAAGAUACAGGAGUUUCUAAUGUUGUAAUUGAUAUCUCACCGGUGAAUUUUGUUGCUUUCCAAGAUUUUAUGUAAAGCACUAAGUCUAAGCUCAUGAGACAAUCUGCAAGUUAUGGUAAAUCAAAUGAAGUGACGUUGCUUAGAGGGCUGAUUGUUGAAAUUGAUAGACAAAGAAGACAAAAGGGAUAUGGAGGGAUCCUAUUGGUGGAAGCAGGUGGUUGCAAGUAUACAAAGAAGGUAGAUAAUAGACUAAGUAACGACAACCCGCUAGAGACCCUAGUUAGUCCAUCAUUUUCUCCCUUAGUCUAUAGUAAGCAACCAUUUCAACCAUUAGGAUUGCUCCAUACUCCCUAUGUCUUCCUUUGUGUAUCGCUUUGUCUAUUAAUUUUAUCAAUAAUCCCGCAGAGGAAGAGAUGAUAACUUUUUUAAUGCCAAUUAGAACAAAAAUAUUUGCAUAUAAAUAACCACAACACAAAACCAUGCAUCUUUAUUGCGGCGCUGCAAAAGUUCCUCUCUACUUUAUUUUUUCGAAGGGGAAGAAGUCAACUUUAUAGCUUGAAAAUACUAAAUAUUCUGCUAACGGAGAAAAA